AGGACCCCGUACUUACUAAUAGAUAAAAAAGAUGGCGGCCGCGCUAGCAAGAAGGUUAUCGGGGCUGCUGAGGCCACUGUCUCUGUCUGUUCGUGCUAGAACACCUGUUGUCUAUGACCCAUCCAGCUUGAUCCAGCCUCGGCCUAACUUCAGCACCGCUGCAGCCGCUGUCCGCGCUCCUCUCUGCGGCAUGGCGUGUCAGAGCCCUCGGUACAACAUCCUGCAACGUGUGUCAGCACUUGUUCCCAGUCUGACCUGGCAGCCGUGCAGAAGUCUGACGUACUUCAGUGUGAAGAAGGGAAAGAGGAAAAGUGUAAAAUCGGUGACCCAAAGGUUCAUGCGGCUUCACUGCGGUCUUUGGCUCAGACGCAAGUCUGGAUACAAGAAAAAACUCUGGAAGAAGAUGGCCACCAGAAGAAAGCGCCUGAGGGAAAUUGUAUUUUGUAAUAAAACCCAGAGUCGACUUUUGGAUAAAAUGACAUCAUCUUACUGGAAAAGGAGAAACUGGUACGUUGAUGAUCCAUAUCAGAAGUACCACGAUCGGGUCAAUCUGAAAGUAUAAUUUGCACAUUCUUGUUAUGGCUUCUGCUGGAACAAUAUGUAAACAUGUGCAUGAAAUAAAAGCGUAUGUU